CCUUUUCCAUCCGCAGCAACAGUGAGGACGCCCGGGACGAGCUCAAGCACGAUGGGCUGCGCGUGCAGUGGCCAAGCGCUCGAUGAAAACGUCGACAAAAGAAAGAGAAGCUCGCUGGACUCCCUGGCGUCAAAUCACACAAUUUGGGGUGGAAACGCGUACUGUGAUAACGAUGACGUUGUGUUUGUGGCUCAACAUGACUUCAAGCCCACCAACCGCAGUGAACUUUCGUUCGGAAAGGGAGAUCAGUUCAAGGUGUUGCAAGAAAACGGAGACUGGUGGCUGGCUCGGUCGCUGGAAACGGGACACGAGGGUUUCAUACCGGCAAACUACGUCACCCGGGCAGACACCCUAGAGGUGGAGAAAUGGUUCUUCAAGGACCUGAGCAGGAGAGAGACGGAAAGGUUGCUCCUGGCACCUGGAAACAAACCCGGAGCCUUCCUCAUCCGGGAAAGCGAGACGUGUCACGGCUCCUUCUCGCUGUCCAUCAGAGACUUCACACCGGAAACCGCUGAUGUGGUGAAACACUACAAGAUCCGCUCUCUGGACAAAGGGGGCUACUACAUCUCCCCGUCCAGCACUUUCCCAUCCCUGCAGGAGCUGGUCAAAUACUACACAUGCGGCGCGGACGGUUUGUGCCGGCGUCUGUACGCCCCCUGCAAGAAGAAGCCCCCCCAGCAGCCGUGGGCUCCGGACGAAUGGGAGAUUCCCCGCGAGACGCUAAAACUGGUGAAGAAACUCGGGGCCGGGCAGUUUGGAGAAGUCUGGAUGGGUUACUACAAGAACACGCUGAAGAUCGCGGUGAAGACCCUGAAGGAGGGCACCAUGGAGCCGCGCGCCUUCCUGCAGGAAGCCAACCUGAUGAAGCAGCUGCAGCACGAGCGACUGGUGCGACUCCACGCCGUGGUCACCCGGGAGCCCAUUCUCAUCGUCACCGAGUUCAUGAUCAACGGAUGUCUACUGGACUUUUUAAAAACAGACGAAGGGAAAAGGCUCAGGCUUAAUAAGCUGAUAGACAUGUCAGCACAGAUAGCCGAAGGCAUGGCCUACAUCGAAAGCAAGAACUCCAUCCAUCGCGACCUCCGGGCGGCCAACAUCCUGGUCAACGAGACCUUGCACUGCAAGAUCGCCGACUUCGGCUUGGCCAGGCUGGUCGAGUCUGAAUACACGGCUCGAGAAGGCGCUAAAUUUCCCAUCAAGUGGACGGCUCCCGAGGCCAUCCGUUACGGGACCUUCAGCAUCAAGUCGGACGUGUGGUCGUUCGGGAUCCUCCUGAUGGAAAUCGUCACCUACGGAAGAAUUCCAUAUCCAGGAAUGACGAACCCGGAGGUGAUCCGCAACCUGGAGCGCUCCUUCAGGAUGUCGCGUCCGGACGGCUGCCCGGAGGAGCUCCACCGCCUCAUGACGGCCUGCUGGAAGGAGCGGCCCGAGGAGAGGCCCACCUUCGAAUUCCUGCAAAACGUCCUCCAAGACUUCUUCGUCGCCACCGAGGGGCAAUACGAGAUGCAGACGUGACUUCCCGGGAAACGCGAACGACGACGACGACCACGAGGCCAACUCUGAUUUCGUUGACGUCGCGUGGAUCGCGGACACACGCCGAGGACGUUUUACGUCAAGCGUACCCUCUCGUCCUUCGUUCGGUCAUCUGACCGGUGCUUUGAGAUACGAGUCAAAUGUAUUCCAUCACCGCGCCUGUAACUCCAAAUCCUCACAUCUCAAAUCAUCUUCACCAUUGAACGAACCAAAACGUUUUUCAUCCGUUCCGGCCUUCCCAAAAAACAACAACCAAACACGUAUAGGGAAAAUAGCACUCUGCAAUAAAUAUUGUACUUCAUUAAAACAUACAGGAAUAACGUCAUUAGAAGGACUGUAAACAAUGAAACCGUUUCUGCAUCAUGAUGAAUUCAUUGCAGCUCCUUCUGGAGUGCGCUUUUUGGCCACUGGGGGCAGUAUACUACAUUCACGCAGACAAACAAAGAUUUUCACUCAACAACUACGUGACUCAUUCAUCUGCAGUAACAUUUGUCAUUUUUCACAGAGAAUAAAGAAUAUAUGCCGGUGAGUAUUGUUAUAUUCAUGUGUUGCUGCACCGUUUGUAUUUGAGUAUCCAUUUGUUGAAGCGUUAUAACAUUGCCACACAGAUGUUAUGCCUGAGCCCGUCUAUGGCGUUUCACAUUAGCAUUGAACUAAAGUUAAUUCCACAAGGUGUCACUCUCUUUGUUUGAUGUUUAGCUUGACAGUAAACUGCAGCCGGGAGAGGCAAUCAAAAUCUUGAAGUCUC